AUGGCUAUAAGGAACGGUGCUCGUAUAUGGUUGCCAGAUCAUGAACAUGUAUGGCGAGCAGUUGCCGUUGAUGAAGAUUAUACUGGUUCAGGAAAACUAGUUGUCCUGGGAGAAAAUGGAAAACAGGAAACUAUCACUAUUAAAUCGAAUAGUGAUUUACCACCGUUACGAAAUCCAGACAUUUUAAUUGGGCACACAGAUUUAACAACUCUCAGUUAUCUCAAUGAACCAGAAGUACUAUAUAAUUUGGAAUCUCGUUUCAAUAAAAGUCAAAUAUAUACAAAAUGUGGCAUUGUUCUCGUUGCUAUAAAUCCGUAUAAAAAUUUGAAUAUUUAUGAAAGUGAUACAAUUGAAUUAUAUCGAGAGCAAGAUGUUCAAAUGUUGGAACCACACAUAUUUGCUGUGGCAGAAUUAGCUUACCAAUCGAUGGUCAAUUUCAAUAAAAAUCAAUCAAUUAUUGUUUCCGGUGAAUCAGGAGCUGGUAAAACUGUGUCAGCCAAAUAUGCUAUGCGCUAUUUUGCAAAUAUUGCUGGUUUAUCUGAAGAAACACAAAUUGAAAAGAAAGUGUUAGCAUCUAAUCCAAUAAUGGAAGCAAUAGGAAAUGCUAAAACUAUUCGAAAUGACAAUAGUUCUCGUUUUGGAAAAUACAUUGAACUUGGUUUUUUUAAAAAUCAUAUAUGUGGAGCGAGUAUGAAAACAUAUCUGCUGGAAAAAUCAAGAGUGAUCUAUCAAGCUUCAGAUGAAAGAAACUAUCAUAUAUUUUAUCAAUUAUGUACACAACAUGAAAAUCAAGAUAUGAAAACACUUUCUCUACUAUCGGCUGAUCAAUUUCGUUAUACAGAAAAUGCAAUAAUAAUCAAAGGUGUUAAUGAUGCAUUAAUGUUCAAUGAUACAAGAGAAGCAUUGUUUCUAUUAGGCAUCGACAGUAAAACUCAAAUGUUAUUAUUUCGAUUAUUAUCAGCAAUAUUACAUCUUGGAAAUGUUGAAAUUACUGAAGCUGAAAGAGAAGCAACGUAUAUUAAAUAUCCAAAUGAAUCAUUUUCCACAUUUUGUUCAUUGCUAAAAAUUGAUGAAAAUCGUAUGAAAACAUGGCUCUGUAGUAAAAAGUUAAAAGCUGGUAUUGAAGUGUGUAUUAUGCCAUUGAAUUUACAGCAAUCAUUAUUUGCUCGAGAUGCAUUAGCAAAACAUAUGUAUUCACAAUUAUUUAGAUGGUUAGUGGAAGAAAUUAAUAAAUCACUAGAAUAUAUUAGAGAUAAACAAUCAUUCAUCGGAGUAUUAGACAUUUACGGAUUUGAAACAUUUGAAAUGAACAGUUUUGAACAAUUUUGUAUCAAUUAUGCUAAUGAAAAAUUACAGCAACAAUUUUGUCAGCACGUAUUUAAAUUAGAACAAGAAGAAUAUAUGAAAGAAGAAAUAACUUGGUCAUUUAUUCAAUUUCAAGAUAAUCAACCGUGCAUUGAUCUAAUCGAAAAUAAACUUGGUAUACUUGAUUUAUUAGAUGAAGAAUGCAUAGUGCCAAAAGGUUCAGAUGAAAAUUGGUUAAGAAAAUUAAUUAAUCAACAUGGGAAACAUGACGAUUUUCUUACAAACAAAUUAUCAUCAUCAACGUUUAUUAUUAAUCAUUUUGCUGAAAAAGUUGAAUAUUCAAUUAAUGGUUUCUUAGAAAAAAAUCGUGAUACCGUUUUAGAAGAUCAAUUAACAGUGUUAAAAGAGAGUGAAUUAGAUUUUGUUGUUCAGUUAUUUUCGGAUGAUGAUGAUAUACCAGUGACAGCACAAAAUAUUAAUAAAAAUCAUACGAUACAAAACGCUGAUACAUUACAUUCAAAUAGUAAAGCACAAGCAACUAGAAAGAAAACAGUCAGCUUUCAGUUUCGUGAAUCCUUGAAAAGUUUAAUGUUGGCAUUAAAUUCAACAGAACCCCAUUAUGUACGAUGUAUCAAGCCGAACGAUAGUAAAGCACCAUUUACAUUUGAGUCUCGGCGUGCUGUACAACAAUUGCGAGCAUGUGGUGUGUUAGAAACAGUUCGCAUAAGUGCAGCCGGUUAUCCAUCGAGAUGGACAUAUCAGGAUUUUUUUCAACGUUAUCGAUUGUUAGCAAAAUCAUCUAUGAUCGAUCGUACAAAUUAUCGAAAAACGUGUGAAAAUAUUUUGAAAACAUUGAUACAAGAUCCUGAUAAGUUUCAAUUUGGUAAUACAAAAAUAUUUUUUCGUGCUGGUCAAGUAGCUUAUUUAGAAAAAUUGCGUUCAGAAAAAUUAAAAAUGUGUAUUAUACGAAUUCAAACAACUUACAGAGGUUAUAGACAGCGAAAAAAAUAUUUAAUUAUCAGAAAAACAAUCUUGAAGUUACAAAUGUUGACUAGAGGCUAUUUGGCCAGAGGACACGCUGAAUUAGUUCGUCGUGCCCGUGCAAUAACAUUAUUUCAAUCAAAAUGGCGUAUGCAAAUGCAAAAACGAAUAUAUGAAAAAUUGAAAAUGACAAUAGUUAAACUGCAGGCGUAUAGUCGCGGAUAUUUGGUAAGGUGUAACAUUCAGCGUCGUGUAAUUGAACGACGUGUUGUCACCAUUCAAUCUCGUAUAAGAAUGUGGCUAUAUAAACGUCGAUUUGACACCAUUAAACGAGGUAUUCUACUACUACAAACGUAUCAACGUCGACAAGAAGCGGUAGACACGGUUAAAAAAAUAAAAGCAGAACUACGAUCGGUUGAACAUCAACGAAAAUUAAACCAAGGAUUGGAAAAUAAAAUAAUUAGUUUACAGCAAAGAAAUGAUGAACAGAAACGUGAAACCGAACGUCUAUUAUCAAAAGAAAAUGGGUUAGAACUUUUGCGUAAAGAAUUUGAUCAGUUAAAAUUAAUUAAUAAAGAUUUGAAACAAAAUAUUAAACAACAAAUAACAAUCGAAGAAGAAAAUAAUCAACUACGUGCUGAAAUCGAACGUUUAGGAACUGAAAAUCAGAUAAUACGUACAGAACAUCAACAAUUAAAAGUGUCAAAAGAGGAAUUGAUCGUAAAACAUACAGAAUCAUUAGCAACUCUCAAAUUUGCAUUAGAUGCGAAAACGAGCGAUAUUAAACGUUUAGAAGAACAGAUACAAGACACGAAUACAACUGAUCAAUUAAAACGUUUGAAAGAGCUCGAAGAUGAAUUACAAACAGAACGACAACAACGUCAACGUUAUAUUAUUGAAAUGCAUCGUUUAGAGCAAAAAUGUGAAAAUUUAGAGUCAGAAUUGCAAGUAACUGAUCUAAAACAUCGUAAUGAACCACACGUACAAGGCAGUAUGAAGCGGUCUCUAUCCGACGCAGAUAUGACAAUUUAUUUGUCUUCAGCGCUUAAUUUGGAACAAGGUCACGAUGGAGAACCACAAGCUUCGAAUAAGAAUAACCUAAGCGAAGGAGAUGGCGGAUUACUUUUGCGAUUACAGCGACGAUUACAACAAUCAGAAACCGUGAAUAAAGCAUUAGCAGAUGAAUUAGAUAAAGCGACGAAGAGUGAUGGUGAUCGUGAUCGUUAUUUAUUAGCAACAAGUGGAUCAAUAAGCGUUAAUAAAACAACAGCAACAGAUAAAGCACACUCAUGGCAUUUAAAUGAAGUAGAAAUGGAGAGAUUAAAAAACGAUUUGAAAUCAUUAACAGAACUGAUAUUAAAAGGAGAUAAAACGAGUGCAAGAGAACAAUUACUAGGUCAGUUCGAUGCAUUAAACGCUGAAUUAGAGCAUCAUCGUAAAAGUCAAGUUCAAAUAAAAUCCAUGCUCGAAGAUCAUGUAUUAAUGUACGACGUUUCUGAAGUUAAUUUGGAUAAUACAGAUCCCAUUGGUGAAGCAUACAAAAGUCAAAAACAAAUUAACAAAAUGUUAGAAUUAGAAUUAGAACAAUCUCGAACAUCAUAUCAACGUGAAUAUUUACGUAUACAGGAGCGUUUACAACAAAUAGAAAAUGAAAACAUUGAAUUAUGUAAAACAAUCGCUGAAAAUACCGUUGAUGAUAUGAUGAAACAACAAAUUACAAAUGUUAUCACUGAAAAUUUAGAAUUACGUGAUACGCUCUAUAACAGUCAAUUAGAAAUUAGGAAAUUAAGAAGAACAAUUAAACUCAUCAAUAAAACAUUUUCAGAAUCGAAUUUAUCAGUAGAAAACACAUUAACUGCAGGAGCAGUAGCCGAUUCUGAUAAAUUUCUAAAUGAUCAACUGUUACCAAAUAACCAGAGUAAUAAUACUACCGUUGUAUCGAAUAAUCCAUAUGACAAUCCGUAUGAUUUAAAUGGGAUGAUCAAAUGUACACCACAACAUACAGAAAAAAUUACUGACACCCUUAUUCUGAACUUAAAACCUCGUCUAGCAGCUACAUUUCUUCCUGGAUUACCCGCUUAUAUUCUUUUCAUGUGUAUCCGAUAUAUUGAUUUUAUCGACGAUGAAGGUUUCGUAGCCGUAUUUUUAUCAUCUGUAACGAAAAAAAUACAAAAAUUACCACGAGUAUGUCUUACGAGGAACUAUCCCAAGUGUUAAUCACAGAUGCUAACGAGAGGUACCCCAAUCGAUAGAGCUCGACGAGCUGAUUCUAGUGGCAUAAAGCAUUUUUCUCAAUGUUUCUUGAAGACCCAGUUUUCUAGAAAACCAGUUUUUCAGAAACUUUAAAAAAUAACCAAAACAUUUUUAAAUAAGAUAUAAUUGUAGCGCGCACAUUUCUGAUUAAAAUGAGACAUUCCCC